AUGGCAGAGACAGUAGGACUCGCGCUGGCCGUUCCUGGCUUAGUAGAUAUCUGCCUGAAAUCCGGCUCAUUGCUCGUUCAGCGCUACAAAAACCAUGCAAACGCCGAGAGGGAGGUGGCCGAAACUGUGCUGCAACUGCAAAGUAUCUGGCUCGGCAUACGGCACAAGCUCGAGCACCUCGGCUCCCAAUGGAACGAGCUACCUCCUGAACUUCAAGCACACGAAAACAGCGUGCUCGUGGUCUUGCACAGUAAGCUCUGCGAUGCGGGCGCAAGUCUGGACAGGCUCAUCGGAUUGCCAGAGGAACAAGCAGACCACCAGCGCGUUAUGAAGAAAACCGGGGAUGUCCGGAAGCUAAAGUAUGCCUUGUGGGGGAAAAGGUCUCUGCAGGAAGCCAUCGAGAAUUUGGAAAGAUGGGAAGACAGAUUUCACCGCUCCCUGUCGAUGAUCACGAUGAUUAAGACCAAGUCGGCGCGGUAUGCGAUUCCCUCGACGCCGACAGCGAAAACCACCGUCACAGCUCAAAAUUUCUGUAACUUCGUCGACCCCGCAGAGAUUAUCACCAUCCAAGAUGAACCCAUAUCCUUCUCCGACGCUGUACUGUGCGUGAGGAACCCGCCCGGCGAACGCGUUCUCGUCGAUAGAGCCCCUCGCUCAAUGAGCAAGGAGGUCGUGCAAUCUCUCGCAGAAAAGUUCAGCGGAAUGGAUCCCUCGAAGACGAAUCUACUCCCAUGCCAGGGAGUGGUCGAGAUAGCCGGAACCAACACCACCGACAGUUCCUUCCAGUUCGUCUUCAGCAUCCCCAAACACGCCAGCGAAAUCCGCACGCUCCGAUCCGUCCUCCUCUCCAACGACAACAACACCACCAGCUCCUCGCUCAGCGAGCGGGUCCGCCUCGCCAAAGCCCUCGCCAACAGCAUCAUCUUCCUGCACCAAGCCCGCUUCGUGCACAAGAACAUCCGGCCCGAGACGGUCGUCGUCUGCAGGACCGAUGAGCUGGAUGCUGCCGCCUCUUCAGCUCAUGCACUCGGCACACCCUUCCUGACGGGCUUCGAGGCACUCCGCGACGAGGACGGCACGACGUCGCUGAAGGGCGACGACCGGCGCGAGCGCAACAUCUACCGGCACCCGCUGCGACAAGGGAUGCAGGCGCAGGACAAGUACAACGUGCGGUACGACGUGUACAGCCUCGGCGUCUGCCUGCUCGAGCUGGGGCUGUGGACGGCGUCGUUCGUACGCUACGGCGACGAGAAUGCAGCGAGCGUCCGGGCGGACCUGGCCGCGGCCAAGUGGGCGUUGAAGAAGCAGCUCGUGGACAUGGCGAGGCGCGAGCUGCCGGGGCGGAUGGGCGCGAUUUACGCCGACGUCGUGGUGGCGUGCCUGACGUGCCUGGACAGCGGGAGCGAGACGUUCGGGGACGUGCCGGAGGACGGUGGUGGUGGUGACAGGGAUGGCGUCAUCGUCGGGGUGCGGUAUAUCGAGAGAAUACUGGAGCGGAUGGAGCAGAUUGUGGUGUGA